UGUUAGCUCAGCAGAGGACAGUGCCUGCAGCCACAGGAACAGCGCUGCCUGACUCUGAACCAUGACUGAGGCAGAGUUGUACACAGUGUACAAAGGGGUCUACGUACCCUCACACCUGCACCCCCCGGAGAGCCUCAAAUACUACGAGGAGUUUUCUUUCCGGCCGGACGACAUCAUCAUAGUAACAUAUCCGAAGUCGGGUACGACUUGGAUGCAGGAGAUUGUCCCUCUGAUCUUGAGUGGAGGGGAUCCAGCUUCUGUUGAGACUCUUCCUAACUGGGACCGUGUUCCCUGGCUGGAGGAACACCGGGCCUCCAUCCUUAACCUUGAACAGAGGCCGUCCCCACGCGUGUUUUCUACACACUUCCACUAUAAAAUGAUGCCACCAUCCUUCUUUGAAGCCAAGCCAAGAGUCAUCAAUGUCAUGAGGAACCCCAAAGAUGUGUUUACAUCUUCCUUUCACUAUUAUGGGAUGGCAUCCUACCUGGUGAACCCGGGCCCACAGAGUGAAUUCCUCCACAAGUUUCUUGAUGGGAAAGUUAUGUUUGGCUCAUGGUUUGAUCAUGUGAAGAGCUGGCUGAAUGCUGAGGAUAAAGAGCACAUAAUGUACAUCUCCUACGAAGAGCUGAUAAUGGACCUGAAGGACUCUGUGGCCAGAAUCGCUCAGUUCUUGGAGAAACGUCUGGAUGCUGAGGUGAUGGAGAAGAUCGCAGAACGUUGUUUGUUCAAGAACAUGAAGCUGAACAACAUGUCCAACUACUCUGGAGCUCCUCGUGAAUUCAUGGACCAGACAAAGUCUGAAUUUCUCAGGAAAGGAGUUGUCGGAGACUGGAAAAACCAGCUAACAGUGGCAGAAGCAGAGCACUUUGAUGCAGUUUACAAAGACAAAAUGAAAGAUGUCAAAUAUAAAUUCGUAUGGGAUUAAAAUAAACUUUAUAAAAGCCAUUCCACCACGUCAUGAUGCACAGAAACCCAAAAAGAAGCAGAUGCAGCCGGUUGUUCUUCACCAAAACGUUCUGUUCGCUUUACAUUGUGGAAGCAGAAGUGCUGAAGAUAUUAUCUGGAAUAUUGACAAUUUCCUGACAGUAAGAAAACUUUCUUUGAUGUUGUCUUAGUUUCCACUGUUUAACC